UUCAGCUGUGGUUCAGACCACGAUGGUCUUCAAUUCCUCCUCUCCUGUUCCCAGUGAGAGUUUGGUCCUCAGUGUAAUCCAGACUCUUCUGAGUGCUCGACUCACAAACCUCACUGACUCUGUAAAAGUGCUGAACUUCAGCUAUGAGAAAAUUUCAGAUACCUGCUAUGCGGUAAAAUUCAGAUUCAAUGUCAGUAACAUCAGCAUGUCACAGAACCCUGAUAUCAGGAAUGAAACCUACAACACAGUGAUAAGCAUCAUCAACAAUGCUUCAAACACACUUCUAAAUGAAGCUGGAGCACAACCAUUUGUACACCAGAGCUCUUUCUUCACGAGUUCAGGAAACCAGGUUAAUGGUGACAUGACAUACCACUUCCAAGAUGGAGACACUAUAACACCAACAUCUUUCCUGAAUGAGCUUAAAGCACAAAGCACACCUAUAUCUGGUUCAGUUCUGGUUCAGACCAAGAUGGUCUUCAAUUCCUCCUCUCCUGUUCCCAGUGAGAGUUUGGUCCUCGGUGUAAUCCAGACUCUUCUGAGUGCUCGACUCACAAACCUCACUGACUCCGUAAAAGUGCUGAACUUCAGCUAUGAGAAAAUUUCAGAUACCUGCUAUGCGGUAAAAUUCAGAUUCAAUGUCAGUAACAUCAGCAUGUCACAGAACCCUGAUAUCAGGAAUGAUACCUACAACACAGUGAUAAGCAUCAUCAACAAUGCUUCAAACACACUUCUAAAUGAACCUGCUGCCAAACCGUUCAAACCCCAGAGCUCUCUCUUCACGAGUUCAGGAAACCAGGUUAAUGGUGACAUGACAUACCACUUCCAAGAUGGAGACACUAUAACACCAACAUCUUUCCUGAAUGAGCUUAAAGCACAAAGCACACCUAUAUCUGGUUCAGUUCUGGUCCAGACCAAGAUGGUCUUCAAUUCCUCCUCUCCUGUUCCCAGUGAGAGUUUGGUCCUCGGUGUAAUCCAGACUCUUCUGAGUGCUCGACUCACAAACCUCACUGACUCUGUAAAAGUGCUGAACUUCAGCUAUGAGAAAAUUUCAGAUACCUGCUAUGCGGUAAAAUUCAGAUUCAAUGUCAGUAACAUCAGCAUGUCACAGAACCCUGAUAUCAGGAAUGAAACCUACAACACAGUGAUAAGCAUCAUCAACAAUGCUUCAAACACACUUCUAAAUGAAGCUGGAGCACAACCAUUUGUACACCAGAGCUCUUUCUUCACGAGUUCAGGAAACCAGGUUAAUGGUGACAUGACAUACCACUUCCAAGAUGGAGACACUAUAACACCAACAUCUUUCCUGAAUGAGCUUAAAGCACAAAGCACACCUAUAUCUGGUUCAGUUCUGGUUCAGACCAAGAUGGUCUUCAAUUCCUCCUCUCCUGUUCCCAGUGAGAGUUUGGUCCUCGGUGUAAUCCAGACUCUUCUGAGUGCUCGACUCACAAACCUCACUGACUCCGUAAAAGUGCUGAACUUCAGCUAUGAGAAAAUUUCAGAUACCUGCUAUGCGGUAAAAUUCAGAUUCAAUGUCAGUAACAUCAGCAUGUCACAGAACCCUGAUAUCAGGAAUGAUACCUACAACACAGUGAUAAGCAUCAUCAACAAUGCUUCAAACACACUUCUAAAUGAACCUGCUGCCAAACCGUUCAAACCCCAGAGCUCACUCUUCACGAGUUCAGGAAACCAGGUUAAUGGUGACAUGACAUACCACUUCCAAGAUGGAGACACUAUAACACCAACAUCUUUCCUGAAUGAGCUUAAAGCACAAAGCACACCUAUAUCUGGUUCAGUUCUGGUUCAGACCAAGAUGGUCUUCAAUUCCUCCUCUCCUGUUCCCAGUGAGAGUUUGGUCCUCGGUGUAAUCCAGACUCUUCUGAGUGCUCGACUCACAAACCUCACUGACUCUGUAAAAGUGCUGAACUUCAGCUAUGAGAAAAUUUCAGAUACCUGCUAUGCGGUAAAAUUCAGAUUCAAUGUCAGUAACAUCAGUAUGUCACAGAACCCUGAUAUCAGGAAUGAUACCUACAACACAGUGAUAAGCAUCAUCAACAAUGCUUCAAACACACUUCUAAAUGAACCUGCUGCCAAACCGUUCAAACCCCAGAGCUCUCUCUUCACGAGUUCAGGAAACCAGGUUAAUGGUGACAUGACAUACCACUUCCAAGAUGGAGACACUAUAACACCAACAUCUUUCCUGAAUGAGCUUAAAGCACAAAGCACACCUAUAUCUGGUUCAGUUCUGGUUCAGACCAAGAUGGUCUUCAAUUCCUCCUCUCCUGUUCCCAGUGAGAGUUUGGUCCUCGGUGUAAUCCAGACUCUUCUGAGUGCUCGACUCACAAACCUCACUGACUCUGUAAAAGUGCUGAACUUCAGCUAUGAGAAAAUUUCAGAUACCUGCUAUGCGGUAAAAUUCAGAUUCAAUGUCAGUAACAUCAGCAUGUCACAGAACCCUGAUAUCAGGAAUGAAACCUACAACACAGUGAUAAGCAUCAUCAACAAUGCUUCAAACACACUUCUAAAUGAAGCUGGAGCACAACCAUUUGUACACCAGAGCUCUUUCUUCACGAGUUCAGGAAACCAGGUUAAUGGUGACAUGACAUACCACUUCCAAGAUGGAGACACUAUAACACCAACAUCUUUCCUGAAUGAGCUUAAAGCACAAAGCACACCUAUAUCUGGUUCAGUUCUGGUUCAGACCAAGAUGGUCUUCAAUUCCUCCUCUCCUGUUCCCAGUGAGAGUUUGGUCCUCGGUGUAAUCCAGACUCUUCUGAGUGCUCGACUCACAAACCUCACUGACUCCGUAAAAGUGCUGAACUUCAGCUAUGAGAAAAUUUCAGAUACCUGCUAUGCGGUAAAAUUCAGAUUCAAUGUCAGUAACAUCAGCAUGUCACAGAACCCUGAUAUCAGGAAUGAUACCUACAACACAGUGAUAAGCAUCAUCAACAAUGCUUCAAACACACUUCUAAAUGAACCUGCUGCCAAACCGUUCAAACCCCAGAGCUCUCUCUUCACGAGUUCAGGAAACCAGGUUAAUGGUGACAUGACAUACCACUUCCAAGAUGGAGACACUAUAACACCAACAUCUUUCCUGAAUGAGCUUAAAGCACAAAGCACACCUAUAUCUGGUUCAGUUCUGGUUCAGACCAAGAUGGUCUUCAAUUCCUCCUCUCCUGUUCCCAGUGAGAGUUUGGUCCUCGGUGUAAUCCAGACUCUUCUGAGUGCUCGACUCACAAACCUCACUGACUCUGUAAAAGUGCUGAACUUCAGCUAUGAGAAAAUUUCAGAUACCUGCUAUGCGGUAAAAUUCAGAUUCAAUGUCAGUAACAUCAGCAUGUCACAGAACCCUGAUAUCAGGAAUGAAACCUACAACACAGUGAUAAGCAUCAUCAACAAUGCUUCAAACACACUUCUAAAUGAAGCUGGAGCACAACCAUUUGUACACCAGAGCUCUUUCUUCAUGAGUUCAGGAAACCAGGUUAAUGGUGACAUGACAUACCACUUCCAAGAUGGAGACACUAUAACACCAGCAUCUUUCCUGAAUGAGCUUAAAGCACAAAGCACACCUAUGUUGGGGAAUGUCCUGAUAUUCAUUCGUCUGGUGUUUAAGAACUUGACCAGAGUGCCCAGUGAGGCUGAUGUUCUCAGUGCUGCUAAUGCUUUUUUGGCCUCAAAUGUCAGAACAGUGCGAGACAUCUUGGAACCGAAACUGAAUGAUCCAGUGAGCAUUCAGAAUAUAACCUAUCAGAAAAUUGCCAACAACUCCUACAUCAUUAGCUUUGCAUUUGAAAUUACCAAUGUAACCAUCUACAAGGAUAUUCAGCUGAGAAAUGACACAAAUGAUUUAAUCCAAAACACCAUCAACAGCUUGCUGAACACUAUAUUGAGUGAUAAAAAUGCUACUCCUUUUGUCUUCCCACGAGCAAACUACACGUAUAAUGGUACAGAAAUUGAGGCAAAAUCAGAAUACAUCUUUGUGGAAGGUGACACCAAGUGGACACCAAGUGGAUUUCUAUAUGCAGUACUCAACAUUAGCGGUCUGUCGACCCUCACUACUGCUGCUGCCCAAACAGACCCCCCUGUCCAUGUAGUCCUGAGGCCCACAGUCCAAGCACAGAACACCACCACUGGUGGAAAUUCUGCAUGGAUCCUGGGCAUCAUUAUCCCCUGCAGUAUAGUCAUUAUUCUCAUACCCUGCUGGAUUCUACUCUGUUGUCUGCUGUGUGGCUGCUGUGCUGGUUUAAGGAGGCGCUACAACAGAAGACGGUCCUACAAUAUACACAACACAAUACACAAUGAAUACACAACACACAACACACUUUAUUAAGAACAGUUUGAUUGUAAUUUAAGCUUAUUAAUAUAUGAUUUGUAACCACACAUAUUUUGGUAUACAUUUUAUGUUUUUAUUUUUCAAUUAUUACACUUUUUAAAUUACACUUAAUUUGAUCUUAUAUUAAGUCUUUCUCUUUCUAAUUAUUAAAAUUCAACUACAAUAUUUACUACUUAUUAAAGUAGAUGUAGAUAUUUUUCCAAACCCACAUGUACACUAAUAUUUUAAAUAUUUAUUAAGGAUAUUUAUAAUAAAUUUCAUUAAAUGAAAUCACUAAUUGGCUCUUUAUUUAUUCUGGGUUUUUUUAAUGAAUAAUGCCUCAGGUUUCACAAAAAAAUUGGCAUUAUAAGUUUAGAAGUCAGCUUUAGGGAACAAUUUAGCACAUACACCCAAAAAUAAAAACAAAGAAAGAAACAAACAAACAGGUU